GAAAUUGGAUGAGAGUAGAAAGAAGAAGCGAAAGGCAAAGAGAAAAAAAGAAAAGAAAAAUGGAAACGGAUCGAGAGAAGCAAGAGCGAGAAGGGACCCUAAAUCAGCCACCCCAACUUACAGCAAUGAAACCGGUGACUCAUGAUGCGUACGGUGGUGGAAUGUACGGCAGUGAAGCUGAUGAACCCCAAAAAGAAAGCAAGAAGCCAGCUAGUGACACCCAAAGUGCUGAUGGCCCGGCAGAGAAGACCACGGAGCCCAAGCACAAACCUCCACCUUCCACUGGUGAUCGGGAUCUUGAUAUCACUGGCCAAUCUUACAUUCAGUGAUUAGUUAUUGCACCUUUUGUUUUCACGUUGGUUUAUUUGUGCUGCUGCUAAUGACCUUUGUUUAGUUGUUAAAAAACUGAGUUCUUAAGCCAUUUGCUUAUAUAUAUAUAUACAUA